GCGGAGUCAACAGCCGGAGUAGCCGAGAUGGAAAGGAAGUUUGCUUUGUUCAGCGCUUCGCUUAGCAUUUGAAGGCAGCUGUGCUGCCUCUUCUCUUAAUAAAACACAUACACGUUUUGUUUUAUGCAAAGCAGGCAGCCUGUAGCACGAUUUAUUUAUUUAAUUUAAAUUAUCUAUUUGGAGCAUAGCCCUUAAUUUAUUUUUAACUUAACGUCAGCUCAGAGAAUCACCAGCCUUGACCAAGAGCCUGCAAUUCUUUUUUUUUUCUUUCGCCGCCUGUUCAAGAUGAUUGAAAUGCUUGUGACAAGUGGAACUCUGGAAUUGCUGCAUCAGCUGAAUGUGCUGCUGGAACAGGAGUUAAGAUGUCAGCCAAGGUUUUCUGGCCUGAGAAUAAUUGAAUCUGCUCAUGAUAACGGGCUCCGAAUGACUGCAAGGUUGCGAGACUUUGAAGUGAAAGACCUACUUAGUUUAAGUCAGUUCUUUGGCUUUGAUACAGAGACAUUUUCUCUUGCUGUGAACUACUUGGACAGGUUUUUAUCAAAAAUGAAGGUACAGCCAAAACACUUGGGCUGUGUUGGGCUAAGCUGCUUCUACCUGGCUGUGAAAGCAACGGAAGAAGAGAGAAAUAUUCCAUUAGCCACUGACUUAAUCCGACUAAGUCAGUACCGGUUCACGGUUUCUGACCUGAUGAGAAUGGAGGAGAUUCUUCUAGACAAACUUUGUGGGAAAGUGAGAGCAACAACUGCUUUUCAGUUCCUGCAGCUCUUUCACUCAGUCCUGCAUGACAACCUAAGCUGCGACAGGAAAAAACAGCUUAAUUUUGAGAGACUUGAAGUUCAGCUUAAGGCAUGUCACUGCAGAAUUGUCUUUUCUAAAGCAAAGCCAUCUGUGUUGGCUCUUUCAAUAAUGGCUCUGGAAUCUGAAGAAGAGAAGCUGCUGGAGCUGAUGGAGAUGAUAGAAUGUCUCAGAAUACAUUCCAAGAUAAAUGGCAGAGAGCUGUUCUUUUGGAAAGAACUUGUGUCAAAGUGCCUCACAGAAUAUUCCUCAAGCAAGUGCUCCAAACCAAAUGUUCAGAAGCUAAAAUGGAUUGUGUCUGGUCGCACAGCACAGCAACUAAAGCACAGCUACUACAGGAUAGCCCAUCUUCCCACUAUCCCAGAAACUGGUUCCUAGAAGAGACAAUCCUGAAGAGAGAAGAUGGAGCAUGACCUGGCAAACUUAAGGGCAAGGAUCUAUUUUAUGCUGAAGCAGAGAACCUUUUGGAACUCUGACCCUGCUGAAAGCCUAAUUCCAGGAUUGAGAACACGGUGGCCUUUUGGUGCCUGCCUCUGUGCUAGGGGGCCAUACAGCAUGUUGCAAGAGGACUGCUUUUUUUACUCCUUUCAGGAUUCCUAAUAAGAAAACUGUGAAGACAUAUUUUUAAAACGCCUGAGCCUAAAACACCAAAACAUGGCAGCUAUUCUAGUGUUUAAUCCAGACUCCCUGGGACACUGAAGUAUACAACACCAGUAGCAUGUGAUCUCAAACAUUUCUGUUAAUAUAGUACUUCCUGGACCAGAUACUAGCUUGUAAAAAAGCACACUGAACAGGACAAACGGCUAAUACAUAGUUGAAACAUUAAAUUUUGUGCAAUGCAUCACUGCAGACUAGAGCACUAUGAAGUACUAUCUACUUAAAGCAGAUGCUAACUUGGCUGUGGCUCAUUGUGAUAGUCUUUAAGACAAGGCAGCAUAGCUUUCUUUUUUAAAGCCUCUCAAUUUAAUCCAGCAUUCUAAAGUGCAUCAUGGUUUCAAGCAAUCAGAGGAAUAUGAAAUGGAAGCAAAUGUUUACAGCAGAACUAGAUAAUAUGGGGAUUUUAAGUGCCUCAGCUACAUGGCUGGGCUUGCCCUCUUCCCAAGUUUUUGCCUAAAUAACAAAACAUGUUAAAACAAUAGAGUAUUCUAUGUUAUGGGAGAAGCACCAGUCAAUACAAGGUCCAUCAAGUGUAAAUGCUGCUUUAUCGAGCACUCCCCACUGCCCUCGAAGAAUAACUACUUGUCUAGUUUCAAACCUUAAAAAUGUUCACUAAAAACAUAGUUUAGGUUAAAGGACAACUGAGGAUGCUGACAAUCAGGCCUGUGGAAUACUUAGCUCUGAAUAUCCAGUUGAACAAUUUGCAUAGCCUCUGGUGCUGUGUGAAAGCAAUCAUUCCUCCACGCAACCCUCAAGGUGACCACUCCCCUCUCUGCACUGUUGUGCUUUUUCUUUGCACCUGUGGAGCCCAUUAAAGAAAAAUGCAACCUAGCAACAUCUGGGAAGGUGCAUGGAGAGUACUCGGAAGUGGAGUUCUUUCCAGCACUUUCCCUAUAGAGCUCAAUGGGGAAUCCACAUCAUUCCCUGUGCUCCUUCCCAGAUGUUGCUGGGUCUUGGUUUCUCUUUUAAGAGGCUCCACCAGGACUGAGAAAAGCACAGCAGUGCACAGUGGAAACAGUGGCCUUCACAUAGUGCCAGGUAGGCUGUGUGUAUUAUCCAGAGUCAAAUAUUUACAGAGCCUUACUGAUUGUCUAAAACCUAGAACUACAAACUGAGAGGAGACACUUCAUGCAUGGUAUGAGGGUAAACAUUUCCCCAGUUUGGCAAGUAGAAAAUGGGUGCAUCUUGGUGUGCCUUUCGUGUCUGAUGCAGCAAAAUGCUGGAUUAAGUUGACUUCCUAAAAUAGAGCUUGGUGCUGUACUUGGUUAAAAUAGCCGUCUUAACUAGCUUGUAGACUCACAGUAAUCAGCUUCUACUAUUUUCUACUGGAAAUGUGACUUACUAGCUGAAGUAAUUGUAUUUUGCACUCGUGAAUAUGGGCUGACAUGAUAAAGAUAAGUAGUCUCAUUAAAGCUAGGUACUACUAACAUGUCCUUUUUAAUUUCAAGGGAUUCAUUCUAGGUAAUUUUUUCCUUAUGUCAGCCAUGGAAUGGGCUCAGUGUGGUCGUCUUAAUGUCAAUAUAAGCCAGGCUGUAAUUGCUGCCUUGGCAGAAGCCCACAUAUGACUAUAGGUAGGCUUGGCUGUUCAGAUGUGGUGGAGAGCUAACUCAGGGUAACAUUUGGCAUCAUAACCACAUAAGAGCUGUAGGAUGAAGAUGAGAGCACAGCUCUUGACUCCUGGAAAGUCCUUGUAAGGUAAGCUAAAGAUGCCAAACUGCCAUGUUUCCAUAUGGCUGUGAUGUGUUGAAACUUUUAAAUCAGGGAUUCUCAGACUUGGGUCUCCAGAUGUUAUUGGACUUCAACUCCCAUAAUCCCCAGCCCCAGUGGCCUUUGGCUGGGGAUUAUGGGAGCUGAAGUCCAAUAUCAUCUGGGGACCCAAGUUUGAGAAACACUGAUUUAAAUUAACUUGUCAAAGUGAUACUUGGUAUUAUAGCAUCUUGCCCAUCUUGACUGACUAGCUGAGUAGGACUAGUGGCAAAGCUAUUUUGGGUGGAAUCUGCUCAGUCCUGACUUGCUACUAUGUUGACUGGAAUGGUGUCGUGGACUAGCAGGCUUGCCAGGAACCAUUAACUUGAGUCUGCAGACACUCGUACCUGCUAAACUGUCAUCUAAAAGGUGUAUAGAAAAAUGUGUGAUCAGUGUUAAAAUCCCAGAGGCAAUCAGUUCCUCAUUUGUACUCUUGUAUAAUAAUAUUCUAUCUUUGAGGGAUUACUUAAGUGUUUGGCUACUGCUUAAUGGCUCUUAGGGUUUUGAUGUAUCAGGGCUACAUUGUUUCCUGAUCUGGCUUGGUAUGAUGCCAAUUACAAAAAUCUAAGGAUUCCUAUUGUUCCUGGGUCUAAUCCAGCCUUGACUUCUACCUCAUUACAAGCUACUUUUCAAUAGAAUGAAUGGUAACUCUGGUAAGAUUGAAUUACUUAAACCAUUUGGUUUGCAAAUGAUCAUCAUAGUAUUAAACUUUUUAAUGUGUGGAUUUUCCCUAACUUCUGCCUUUGCCAUCUUGAUGAAGAAUGGUGGGGAACAGACGAUAAAAAUGAAAAAUUGUAUUUUAGUGUGAGGGAGGAAAUACUGUAACUAGUUAUCAAAAGUGCCAUUAUGUCUUAAGCAGCAAGCAUACUUUUCAAUAAAACACACUGAGACUGUCUAAA